AGUACAAGUCAAAUUAUUUUGUUUCAGUUGUGCGAGCACAAGAUAGUGUUUGUGUAAAGGAUUUUGGUUUGCUUUUAUCUGUCCAGAGAGAUUAUUUCAUCAGUCAAGCAGUGGAUUUUUACCACUUGAUCUGAGCACAGGUGAAGGAGAGAGAGUUUGAAAGGAAGUGGAAGAGUGAACUAGAGAAAAGGCAGGAUAUGUCCCAGUCGAGACCUUCUAACUGGCCUUGAGUGACGCAAUCACGCUUUAAGUGAUGUACAUAAUUCAAGAGUGAAAAGCAGGAGAUUUUACUGAGGAGUCGGCUGUCACUGCCACAUCACCAUUGACAAAGAGAUCCUUAUGGAUUUAAAAACACGAGAUGUUCUGCAUUGUGUGAUUGCUUAAUUUAUUAAACAGGAAAGGAGGACUGAUUUUCACUUCAAGUAAAUUGACAUGGAGACGUUCAACUCCAAGGAAAUGGCUCUGAAAGCCCAGAAAAAGAUCCUGAGCCAAAUGGCCAACAGGUCUAUGGUGCAGAUGUUCAUCGAUGACAACAGCAGUGAGAUUUUAGAUGAGCUUUACCACGUGUCAAAAGAGUACUCUGGAAACCGUUCAGAGGCCCAGAAAGUGGUAAAAGACCUCAUUAAAGUGGUGGUGAAGAUUGCAGUCCUUUUCAGGCACAAUCGGUUCAGUGAUGAGGAGCUAAAGUUGGCUCAGACCUUCAAAAAGAAACUACACCAGGGAGCCAUGACAGCCAUAAGCUUCCACGAGCUUCCAACAAUGUCAGGUCCACCAUUGGUUGGGGCAGGAUCCACAAAGGAAUUGGUAGAUUUCACAUUUGACAAGGCAGUUAUGUCAGAAAUCCUGAAAGAGUGUAGGGACAUGCUGCUGAAGCUUGUAAACAUUCACCUCACACCAAAAUCUCAUGGACGCAUCAACCAUGUUUUCAACCAUUACUCUGACCCCGAGCUCCUCACCCAGCUUUACAACCCAUCUGGGCCCCUCAAGCACCACCUUACCAAAAUCUGCAAUGGGCUUAACAAACUGCUGGAGGAUGGGACGUUAUGAGGACAGUGAAGAACUGACAGACUUUUUACAAGUUGGCAUGGUGGGCCACCUGUGAUCUUAAACUGUGUGCAAUGCAAUGAAAGAGGCAGAUUGUGAGAACACUGUGGACUGACUGAAGGCACUGAACUUCAGUGACCUUUAAAAAAGUGUUGCUGUGCUGUUAAUGAAUAUUCAAAUUAAUUCAGUGGCCUGAUACUGUUAACAAGUUGAUGCGAGCCACUGUCACUGUCUGGGUGAGCUCAGAUCAAAAUAUUUUUAUCUGAACAGUUUUUUUUUUUUUUGUUGCAUGGAGGUUUUUCUAGACUACUUAUGUUUAGCCACUGAGGUUCUACCACUACCACUGAGGUUCUACCACUAGAUAACACUGUAAUGCCAAAAAUUUUAAACAUAUUUGAGCUGAAUGCUUACCUCCCAGGACAAAUAAUGCACACACAAACACAUAUUUUAUUUGAGCACUCUUUUACACUGCCAUCUAGUGUUACCCUAAGUUUGUGGCCAUGAUAUACAAAUCUAAGCUUGGUACUAACUACACAGUAGACAAACCUAUAGUGCUAUUAAACACAAGACUUAACACCUCUAAGGGGAUCUACUGUGUUUUAAGUGGAACAACCACUGAAUAAAUAAUGACUUAUAGCUCCA